CCGAUGGGCUGACGCGGAAAUCCGAAUGUCUAGCUGGUGAGGAGGCUGCAUGGAAAUUUCUGAAAAUGACAAUCUACAUAUCUUUAUAAUAAACGUGUCAUAAUUUCAGACACUAGAUGUUGAUUCAGGGCAACUUAACUGGGUGGAACAACUUAGAAAUAUAGUGUUUUCUUAUUGGACAACCUUUGAGCUAGACAAGAAAGCAUGAUACGCUCAUAUAGUAUUUUUAUCUUGAGUUGUAUUAAUUUGUUUCUACCACUUGGAUAUGUGUAUACAAAGGACUUUGACGCAUUAUGCUCAACCUGCAAACAAUUAGUCGACAAUUUUGACAAGGGUCUGGAAAAAACAGCAAAGCAAAAUUUUGGUGGUGGAAACACAGAAUGGGAAGAGCGAAAACUCUCCAAAUAUGAACUGAGUGAGAUUAGGUUGACCGAGAUACUGGAGGGCUUGUGUGACAGCAGCAGUUUUGAGUGCAACCGCAUGUUGGAAGAAAAUGAGGAACAUUUUGAGACGUGGUGGUUCAAGAGGAAAACAAAACACCCUGAUCUGUUCAAGUGGUUUUGUGUAGAGACCAUCAAAGUGUGCUGCCCAAGAGGUUUAUUUGGUCCUGACUGCAAUACUUGCAUUGGAGGAGCUGACAAACCAUGCCAUGGUAACGGCAAAUGUGAUGGAGAUGGAACAAGGGCUGGAAAUGGGAAGUGCACUUGUGAUAAGGAAUAUGAAGGGGAGUUUUGUCUGGAAUGCAGUGAUGGUUAUUUUAGUGCACUGAGGAAUGAUACAUACUCCUUGUGCAAAGAGUGUCAUGAGUCUUGUGUUGGAUGCACUGGAGGAACCAGUCAAGAUUGUAAAGAAUGUAGGAAUGGAUGGGAGAAAGACCAAGAAGGAGCAUGCAUUGACAUCAAUGAAUGCAUCAAAGAUCAAGCUCCAUGCAAAGAAAACCAAUACUGCCUAAACAUGGAUGGAUCUUUCUCCUGUAAAGAAUGUGAUAUCAGUUGCUCUGGUUGCAAAGGACCUGGCGCAAGUUACUGCCUCACGUGUGCUGAUGGCUUUAAGCUUGAAGAACGCACCUGCACAGACAUCAACGAAUGCACCGAAGAUCCAGCUCUGUGCAAAGAUAACCAAUACUGUCUAAAUACAGAUGGUUCUUUCUCCUGUAAAGAAUGCGAUACCAGAUGCUCUGGUUGCAAAGGACCUGGUGCCAGUAACUGCCUCACCUGUGCUGAUGGCUAUAAGGAUGAAGAAGGCACAUGCACAGAAGAGGAUAAGGAAGUGCCUGCCUUUGACUCUGAAGGUUCCCAAACUGGUGGCUCAUUUGAAAAACAUGAGGACCUCUGAAGUCAUAUGGUUUGAAUGCAGAAAACAGUCUCCAGGACACAAUAUUUGCCAAGGGACCACUAGUGUCUGCACUGCAUCUAAAUAUUGUUUGUUCUUCUUCUGGAAUAAUCAAGAGUGAAAGGCAUUUACAGUACAUACUUGAGAAACAGCCCUUUUUGGGAACAUGUUUUUGCAGUUGAGACAGUCAGCACCACUUUAUCAGUGAGCAAGAUUUACUUCGGAUAUACCAUCCCGGAUUUUUGUUGUCUUAAAAUUUAUAUGAAAUCAAAAUAAAAAAAUUAAAAAAAA